AUGCGCAUCGUAGCUGCUUCGAUUUCUAUCCUUGCCGCAAUCGGUGUAGUUGCUGCUCUACCAGCAGAGAACUUUUCUAAAGACUCAAAUAUCGCUACUGCCGGUUGCGAUAAUCAAGGCCAGGAUCAAUACUACAACUGUAAUGGUCGUACUCGUUGUUACAUUGACCAAGAGUGCGGAGGACUGCUCCAGUCGAAUCAAUCGACAAAUAUGAGGUACUCACUUAUGGCGCUCUCUAGAGUCCCCAAUGAGCGCAAAUUCCAGAAUCAUCAGCCCAUCUCCUGUGUGCUAUGGGUCAAGGGCACUCCUAACGAUCCUACCGAUCCGAUCCUACCAAUGGACCCUCCCCAGGGACUUUGCUUUCAUUAUCGAAAUCUGGUAAAGGGCCAGUUCCUCCCCGCGUUAUACGCUAAGCUUGCAGCAUUGGAUUUCACUUACCACGGGCCGGGUCAAGGUUGUCCAUAUUGCGGCGUGACUCCUCUCUCGAUCUCAGAUCAGUACACCGGUGCCGAGCUAUACAUCGAUUACACCAGAAGGCCGUGUGAUCUGGGAGGCAAGGAUUGGGGUGCCUGUCCUGCAAGUGUGUAGCUGUCUGUAAAUGACGGGGAUAGUUCAAGCAUUACCAUAGGGGGUGAAUAACGAUGUAAGCUACACAAGCCAACUAUGACAUUCAUACAUACUAGACGCGCGUGGGACAUU